GAUCAGAUCUCCAAGAUGGUAAAGAUCCUCAGUGGUGAGAUGGCCAUAGAACUGCACUUGCAAUUUUUGAUACGGAACAAUAAUACAGACUUGAUGAUCUUAAAAAACACUAAGGAUGCUGUAAGAAAUUCUGUGUGUCACACAGCAACUGUUAUAGCAAAUUCAUUCAUGCACUGUGGCACUACCAGUGAUCAGUUCCUCAGAGAUAAUUUGGAAUGGUUAGCCAGAGCCACAAACUGGGCAAAGUUCACAGCAACAGCCAGUUUAGGUGUCAUUCAUAAGGGUCACGAAAAAGAGGCUCAUCAGCUAAUGGCAACUUAUUUACCUAAAGACACCUCACCGGGAUCUGCAUACCAGGAGGGAGGUGGACUCUAUGCUCUUGGACUCAUUCAUGCCAACCAUGGAGGUGACAUCAUAGACUACCUUCUGAACCAGCUUAAGAAUGCCAGCAAUGAUAUUGUGAGGCAUGGUGGUUGUCUGGGGCUUGGUUUGGCAGCCCUGGGGACUGCACGACAAGAUGUGUACGACCUUCUACUUGUAUCAGGAUGAUGCGGUUACUGGAGAGGCAGCAGGACUGGCUUUCGGCUUAGUGAUGCUGGGCUCCAAAAAUGCUCAGGCAAUUGAGGAUAUGGUGGGAUAUGCCCAAGAGACUCAGCAUGAGAAAAUUUUGAGGGGACUGGCUGUGGGCAUAGCUAUGGUCAUGUAUGGUCGAAUGGAAGAAGCAGAUGCGCUGAUAGCCUCUGCAGAGACAAGGUGAGUGAUGUCAAUGAUGAUGUUAGAAGAGCAGCUGUAGAAUCUCUGGGCUUCAUCCUGUUCAGCCACUUCUGAUGACGUCACUUCCCAUUUCCAGCAACGGCACUUCCUGCUUUAUGUUGGUCAGCGAGUCGCGGAUCAGUUUGCGGGUCAGGCAG